GGAAGUAGCUAAGAGGAUGUCGCGUGGAAAAAAGUGCGUCAGUUUGGCUUUAGCCGGAGAAAAUGACCCUCGGGCCAUUUUAAUGAGUAAGGCAAGUUCAAUGGCGUCAACUUCUACCGGCGGUUUUCAGAAAUUGUCCUAUGAUGAUGGUUUACUUUUUGAGUCAGAGACGGCGAUUGAUAUUAUGAACACCCCAAUUAUUAUAGAAGAUUUCAAUAGUGAAUUACUAAUAGACAACAACCAGCACGAUUUUAUAAUAGGUACUACCAACAACCAACAGACAAUUCCAAUAGCCUUAAGCAACAACACCUGCGAUGUCCGUAACCAAAAUAGCGAACCCCCACCAGCUUCCUUUGAUGAUGCUGAAAAUGAUGCAGAAUUUUUCCCUGAUAGUGACGAAGAAAUGGAUCAAAAUUCUUCAGAAAUUGACAUUAGUGUCUUGCAGGAUGAUGAAAGCGACGCACCUAUUAAUGAACAAGUACAAUCAAGAAUUGUUGAAGGGGAUAUACUACGUGAGAAAAAUCUGGUGGCGUACAGUGACACUGAAAGUGACCAAGAUGCCGUAGAAGAUGACAUACCGGAAACUGAGAUGAUAGAAAGUAAAAGAAAGAGACGUAAAAGACACGAAGUUAAUGAAUCUACUUGGAAUUCAAGAAAAGUGAAACAAGAUAGAGAGAAAGGUUUGAAAUAUUGUGGCAGAAAGAAAAUAGAUGGCAAAUGGAGAUACAAUGUUAAAAAGGAUGAAAGAGUGCUUAAAGAUAGAUGCAAAUGUAUUUUGACAGAUCAAGGGGCGUUAAGGUGUGGAAUGUUUACAGAAGAAGAUCGACAACAAAUUUUUAAAGAGUUUUGGUCAAUGUCAUGGAAAGAAAAAGAAAUAUAUACUAAACUAUUGGUUACUAUGAAAUUAACAUCGAGAGCAAGGGGCAGAAAAGUAGAAAACAAGUCAAGAAGAAAAUACACAAUUGAAUAUUACUUAAGAAGACGCGAAGAUAGAUUAAAAGUUUGUAAAAAAAUGUUCACAAACACACUGAGUGUAGGUGAGUGGACGGUCCUAAAUUGGAAGAAAAGGAGUGCAUCAACCUUAAUAUCUAAAGACACCGAAUCAGAUAAUGACAAUUCAAAACCACCGACACAUAAUGAGCAACCAGAAACGUCCAAUCGUUACACACUUAGACAGAAACCGUUUGCAACUCGAAUUGAGUCCUUGGACAACUUUUUUUCCAAAUUACCUAAAAUGGAAUCACAUUACUGCAGAGCAAGUUCACAAAAACUUUAUCUAGAACCUCUGUGGAAAUCCAAAAAUCAGUUGUAUCAGUUUUAUGUAAGUGAAUGGUGCAAACCGAAAAAUGAAAGACCCUUAUCUUUAGCCACCUUUUUCCACACUUUUGACCGAAAGAAUCUUAGCCUGUUUCGUCCAAAAAAAGAUGAAUGUGAUACCUGUGUAGCUUACAAGACUGGUAAUUUAACUGAAGAGGAUUAUGCCAUUCACACAGCCAAGAAAGAAGAGGCACGUGCCGAAAAGGAAGCGGAUAAAAAUAAUGAGAAGUAUGUAUUUACGAUGGAUCUACAAUCCGUUCUUCUUGCACCUAAAUCCAAUGUGUCUAGCUUGUACUUUAAGACAAAAUUAAUGGUGCAUAAUUUUACAGUGUACAACUUAAAAUCGAAAGAGGGCACCUGUUAUUUGUGGAAUGAGACAGAGGGCGCACUCACUUCACACGACUUUUCUUCUAUAAUCGUAGACUUUCUCUUAAAAUCACUUCCAGUAGAUAACGACAACAAUAAAAUCAUUUUGUACAGUGACGGCUGCACGUACCAAAACAGGAACGCGAUCCUAGCUAAUGCACUUUCAAAUGUUGCCAUCCUGUAUAACAUUACAAUUGAGCAAAAAAUUUUAGAGAAAGGCCAUACACAGAUGGAAGCCGACUCCAUCCAUUCCACCAUUGAACGUCACCUAAGAAACAAAAAUAUCAACGUACCUGCUGAUUAUGUAGAUGUUUGCAAAACCGCACGUCAAAAUCCAAAACCCUAUACAGUUUACUACUUAGAUCAUAAGUUUUUCAAAAAUUUCAGCAGUAUUCAGUUCUACAAUUCCAUUCGACCUGGAAGAAGCCCAGGAGACCCAGUUGUGACAGACAUCCGAGCACUGCAGUACCAACCAGAUGGUGUUAUUUGUUACAAAUUACGCUUUCCCGAUGAAUGGACUCCACUGCCGAUCAGAAAAAACAAGAAUCUAUUGGCUAAACCAAUAGUCGAUUUGCCCCAUUUAUAUAAGGAGAGACUUAAAAUUAAAAAAACAAAAUAUCAACAUUUACAAUUUUUAAAGCAAAGUUUGACCGCAGAUUACCACCUAUUUUAUGACAACUUGCCUUACGACGAUUAA